ACUCACGGCACUCAACAGCAAACAUCAACAUGUCGGCGUCUUUGGCUCCAGAAUGUAAUGAGGUGAAAGAACGUUAUGAUUCCUGCUUCUUGAAAUGGUACAGCGAAAAAUACCUUCGAGGACAAGGGACCACGGAUGAAUGCGCUCCUUUAUUCAAAGAUUACAAGAAAUGUCUGACCACUGCCCUCAAAGAACGUGGCAUCGACAAGAUGUUGGAGGAAGCAAGAGAAGAUCACAAAGAGAAUGAUGCGGCUCUAAUGGGUCGAAAACCAUGAAGGAUGUAAAAACAACCCUUUUUUGUAUUUUGGCGGUUCAAGAUUUGUACAAUACUGGCAGCAGCAUUGGGUUGGCGUUAAAACGGACCGGGUACUAUGCAUUGGGCGAACUCUUCUCACAAGCUUAUACUUCAUAAAAUAGUCAUGAGAUUGUAACACGAUUCAUUCCCGCACCUCGGUUCCACUCUUUCCAGCGUCUCUCUUGCUCAAAUACGUCAAGUCUUUACUGUUAGAAUGCGCUGAGGCAAAAUCCCAAGCAACCUCUAAGCAGUCUAAGACGUGCUUCCCAAGAAAUUCGUAUGACAUUAGCUUGAAUAAUGAUAAUGAGGGCUUUUGGGAUGCAGAUCAUGAGUCGGAGAUCUCUCAGAGAACGAUCUCUCUCGUUGUCUCCCACGUUGGUCAAGUAAUUGAACUAUAAGAAUACUUUUUAAUUUUACCAACAUACCCAGCUC